AUGCCUCCCAAGAACGACAGACUAGCGGCUCUGCGAGAGGCCAGAUCGAAAGGAGGACGCCUCAGUCAAUGGAAGUCUUCGGACGCCGAGAUCUAUGACGAAGUCACGGACGAACAGUACAGAAGUAUUGUUGGAGACCGGCUGGAGAACGACGACUUCAUUGAGGACGAUGACGGAAGUGGAUACGUCGACCACGGCGAAGAUGAGUGGGGCGGUCACGAGAGCACCCGCAAGGCCAAGCGAGCGCGUGCCCGUGCGAAGGCGGCCAAGGCUGGGACUAGUCUCCCGACCAAGGCGAAGCCUCGAGCGAGCCUGAACGACUACGCCCGCCCAGCGAACACGGGCAACUACCGGCCAGCUCCUGCCAACGAAGAUGACUUCAUGGCGUCUCUGCUGAACACUGUCACGGCUGAGCCAAGCCGCAAGAGAAAGUCGAGCCCGCCCUCCAGCUCAUUCCCUAGCUCGGACCCACCAGUGCCGAGUUCUGACUCUUUCUUCUCGAGCUCCCAGAAGCGCUACGGGGACGACAGCGAUGACGACAUCUUUGACCCGUUCAGGAGCAGCAAGAAGCCUCGUACUAAGGAUAUGUCGACGAAGCUCGAGAUCGAUGCUGAUGCUGAUGAUGACGAUAUCGGAGUCGACUUCAGUAUGGACGUCGACCCCGACGCAACCAUCGUUAAGGAGGAGCCACCCGACUCGGAUGAGGAAAUGUUCAUUAAGCCUCGGGCGGCUCGACCCACCGCUGGUUCCGCGGCGCGACGUGGUGUUCAGACUGCUACGAAGCACAUCGUCAAGCCUGAGCCCGCGGAGGAACUGGAGGACAUUGAGGUCGAGGUCAAGAAGCCGGCGGCAGCAGUUGUGAGCCGCAAGCCUCCGGCCGACCGGCAGCAUUGGCAGGCUGUGCAGGAGUCGCUUCUGCCUCCGAAAGAUGACCUGGAGACGGUGCGCGUCCCGCAGGGCUCGACAAAGCCUGAGAACGUUUUGGAGCAGGACGGAUCACUUCGCAUGUUCUGGCUCGACUUCCAGGAGCAGGACGGAGUCGUCCACCUCAUCGGCAAGGUCCUUGACCGCCAGAGUAACAAGUAUGUCAGUGCCUGCUUGUCCAUCAACGGCAUCCAGAGGAACCUUUUCAUCAAACCGCGAGCAAAGCGCAUGGUGGGACAGACCGAGUCGGACAUGGACGUCGACAAGACGGACGUAUACACCGAGUUCGACAGCGUCCGCUCUAAGCACGGCAUCGACGAGUGGAAGUGCAAGUUCGUGCAGCGCAAGUAUGCAUUCGAGGACCACGACAUCGAACGCGGCGAGAGCGAAUGGAUGAAGGUCACCUACCCCUUCACUCAGCCCGAGAUUCCGAUGGGCACGACGGGAGCGACGUUCAGCCAUAUCUUCGGUACGAACACCACUGCUUUCGAACUUCUCGUUCUCAAGCGCCGGAUCAUGGGCCCCUGCUGGCUGAACAUCACUGGCGCGGUGCCUUCGACCAAGGCGACGUCUUGGUGCAAGAUCGAGUUCACUGUCGACGACCCGAAGAACGUGAACCCGUUCUCCGAUGACGAUGAGACCGCUCCCAAAGACACUCCCCCACUCACCAUGAUGAGCAUUGCGCUCCGCACGAUUGUGAACCACCGCGAGAACAAGACCGAGAUUCUUGUGGCCACGACGCGCACGUGGGACAACGUGAACUUGGAGGACACGACGCCACCCAACCGUCUCCCAUCGACGCUCAGCACGAUUGUGCGACCUAUCGAGAAGUUCCCACCUGGCCUCGAGCAGCGCGCAAAGUCUGAGCGAUCACCGUUCCAAAGUGUCAAGGCUGAGCGUGCGCUCCUGAACGCUCUUCUCGCUACCAUCCAGCGUCACGAUCCGGACGUCAUCGUCGGUCACAAUUUCCUCGGCAACACCUUUGAGGCCCUGCUGUACCGAUUGAAGGAGCUCAAGGCGGAUCACUGGAGUCGUAUUGGCCGAUUCCGCCGGAAGGGCUUCCAGAUCAGCAAGGCUGGAUCCAACCACCGCCUGCUUGCGGGUCGUCUCGUCGCCGAUCUCUCCAGUGACGCCGCCAAGGGCAUGAUCACGUCCACGACCUGGUCGCUGACGGAGAUGGUUGCCACGCAUCUCGAGACCACACGCGAGGACAUAGAUCCGGAGGACACUCACACGUACUUCGACUACACCCUCGACUCACCCGACAAGCUGAUCCAGUUCAUUCGUCUGGCAGAGAUCGACACGUACUUCCAGUUGGCCAUUGCUGCCCGCGUGCAGCUCUUGCCGCUCACCAAGCAGUUGACCAACCUGGCCGGUAACUCGUGGAACCUCACCCUGAACGGUGGUCGUGCCGUCCGCAACGAGUUCAUUCUGCUGCACGAGUUCCACAAGCUGAAGUACGUCUGCCCCGACAAGACGUUCAAGAACACAAAGAUCAAGUUCAUUAACGAGGAUGGCGAGGAGCAAGAGGUUUCGGCCGGACACAAGCGUGGCAAGGCCAAAUAUGCUGGUGGUCUCGUGUUUGAGCCGAAGCGCGGUCUCUGGGACACUUACAUCCUCGUCAUGGACUUCAACUCGCUUUACCCGUCUAUCAUUCAAGAGUACAACAUCGACUUCACGACUGUCGAGCGUGAGGAUUGCGAAGGCGAGGACGAGGAGAAGAUUCCCGAUGUGCCGUCUCGCGACGUUGCUCAGGGAGUCCUUCCGCGUAUCAUUGCCACCCUCGUCCAGCGUCGUCGACAGGUCAAGGGGCUGAUGAAGGACAAGUCUGCAGGUGCGGCCAAGCUCCAGCAGUGGGACAUCAAACAGCAGGCGCUCAAGCUCACUGCCAACUCCAUGUACGGAUGCCUGGGUUUCGCCGGAUCGCGAUUCUCUUCGCGACCCCUGGCCGCUCUGACAACGUUCAAGGGCCGUGAGAUUCUCACUCACACCAGGGAGCUGGCGGAGAGCCUGUCCCUGGACGUCGUUUACGGAGACACCGACUCGGUGUUCGUCAAUUCGAACGUCGUGAGCUACCCGGAAGCUGUCAAGAUUGCGAACGAGUUCAAGAAGCUUGUCAACGAGCGUUACAAGCUUCUCGAGAUCGACCUCGACGCCACGUUUGAGCGUGUCCUGCUUCUGAACAAGAAGAAGUAUGCCGCCGUCAAGAUCGAUGAAGCGGGCAAGAAGUCGACGGAGAUCAAGGGACUGGACAUGAAGCGACGAGAGUUCUCCAAGCUGUCCAAGGAUGCGUCGUCUAGUGUCCUGAAGGAGAUCCUGUCGGGUGAUGACACCGAGAAGGUUGUCGAGAAAAUUCACGAGUAUCUCAUUCAGCUAGGCGAGAUUGUUCGCUCCGGAGCGGUGCCCCUGGACGACUUCAUCAUCUACAAGAACCCCGAAGACUACCCCGAUAAGAAGUCUCAACCCCACGUCCAGGUUGCCCUGCGAAUGAAGGCGAAGGGCAUCGCGGUUCGCGCGCAUGACGUGAUCCCCUACAUUCUGUGCCUAGGUCCCGAUGGCAAGAGUGCCAAGUCCGCUCAAGCCGAUAAGGCAUUCCACCCCGACGACCUGCGCAGGCAGGGGUCGGAGCUCAAGAUCGACUACGAUCUGUACCUGGACUCUCAGGUGCUGCAGCCUAUCUUGCGAUUGUGCGAGUCGAUCGAGGGCACCGAGCGCUCGCGUCUUGCGGAGUGUCUGGGACUCGACCCGACGCGCUACGUGAGCCAGACGCAGAAUGUUCACGAGCGGCAGUUCUUCACCCUGGAGAGCCAGAUCAGCGACGAGGAGCGCUUCCGAGACGCGGAGAAGCUGUCGCUCAAGUGCCCAUCCUGUGCGGUCACUUUCGAGUUCGAGGGCAUCGAACAGAACCUGAAGAUCAACCAGAGCGGGCAGGCUGGAGUCGCCUGUCCUUCUUGCGCCAACAUGAUCCCGCAAGCCUCUGUCGCGCUUCAGGUCGAGCUCCUCAUCCGCAAGUACAUUGCCAGGUACUACCUCGGGUGGACGGUGUGCGAUGGACCUGACGGGUGCGGCCAGCGGACCCGAAACGUCUCGGUGUACGCGAAGCGGUGCCUCGGUUUCUCGCGGGAAGGCGGCAGGUGCAAGGGCAGUGUGCGGCUAGAGUACUCCGACACCGAGCUGUACAACCAAUUGCUGUACUUCCGUCACCUGUUUGACGGCGACAAGCUUCUGGACAAGGCAAAGGGCACGGGCAGGUACGACGAGGUGCGCCUGCUUGUCAACUCGAAUCAGCAGAUGAUCUCGUCUCUGACGGACGAGGUCGACAGGUUCCUGAACAAGAACGGGCGCAGGUUUGUCGACAUGCGCAGCCUUUUCGGCUUCAUGGACAACAGGCCGAAGCGUAUCAUGGUGGGUUAG